CACGUUCUCGAGCUGCAACCUUUCCCUGCUGUUGGAAUUAAUGACGGAGCUUGAAAAUGAAUCAAGGAAGUGAAACGACCAAAGAAAAGUUAGAUGCUCCGGUUUCCUCUCCGAAUAACGCCACAGACCAGCAGAAGAAGAUGAAAAUUAUCUACAUCGUUUAUAUAAUUGCUGCUUUGGAUCUCACCUGGAUGUUUUUAUCGUUUUCUGUUACUCCUUAUUUGGCAAAGAAGCUUGGCUUUGAUACGCUGUGGUUUGGUUAUCUACAAACAACAGUGGGCGUGAUUCAGCUGGUUGGGGGUCCGAUGUUUGGAAGGUUCGGGGAUCUGUUUGGCGCUCGCGCUGCUUUGUCUUUAGCAUGUGCAGCUUCAGUUGUUUUCUUUGUCCUCCUGGCCGUCGCCGACCAUCCCGUCCUCCUGUUCGUACACAAGCUACCUACAGUCUUCAUGCACGCUCUGCCUGCAUGCCAGAUGGUGGUUGCAGACCUUUCGGAGCCUGACAAACGGGCCGAUGCUUUAUCCAAACUUGGUCUGUGUUUUGGGAUCGGAAUGAUAGCUGGCUCCACUUUGGGUGGACAUCUGAACACCCGCUAUGGGGAGACGUUCACUGCAUGUUUUGGUGCUGCAGGAAGUGCCUUCAGCUUGUUGCUGGUUUUAAACUUCAUUCCUAAAUCUACUAAAACCGAAACCUCCAGAAGCAGCGGUAGAUCUGAGAAUCAAAACAAGAAAGUAUUUAGCGUGGGGGAGAUCACCAGGCUGAUGAAGUUUCCAGGAGUGCUGAGGAUUUUUCUGAUUAAAGUCAUCACAGGUUUGCCGUCAGGCAUCUUUCAGGUGAUGUUCUCCAUCAUCGCUCUGGACUUCUUUAAACUGGGACCUGAGGAGAACGGCUACCUGAUGGCCUAUUUUGGCAUUGUUCAGAUGGUUGUUCAGGGAGGAGUGAUCGGUCGGCUCACAGCGAGGUUAUCUGAGACAUCACUUCUGCUUUUGUCCAUUGCAGUUUCCUCUGUUGUAGGACUGGCUCAGGCUUACAUGCAGACUGUGUUCCAGCUCUGCGUCACUGUCACACCAAUGAUUUUCUCUCUCAGCCUGCUCAAUGUCAUCACAGAUAGCAUGCUCACCAAGAGUGUCCCCUCCUCUGACACAGGAACGAUGCUGGGUCUGUGUGCAUCGGUCCAAUCCCUGAUUCGCACAAUUGGACCGACUAUCGGUGGCUUUCUCUACGUGAACUACGGCCUUUCAUCAAUCGGUCUGAUCAAGUUCUUGGUGAAUGCUGCUGUUUGUGUUUACCUGUUUUACUACAGUAAGACAGAGAAACAGAGGGAUUGACAACUGCCAGUUUUUUUUAAUCUGCCCGGAACUUGAAACAACCAUCUGUUUAACAUCAUGCAUGAAUUUCCCGCAUGCUGUUGCAGCAUCACAAGGUCAGGGACUUUCUGCUCUGCUGUGCAGAUAAAUGCCACUAGGUGGCAGAAAGCCACCAGCUCAUGACAGACGACUGAGUUUGGUGCUUUUCAAGAUUUAUUAAAUAAUAUUAUGGAUAAUUAACCCUGGGUCAGAGACAGCCAUUACCACUUCAGCUCACACAUUUGUAAUCAGUUUAUGUACUUAUGGUUUUAAUGAUCAUUUUUUGAUACAUGAAAUCAUUUAAAAGCAGUAUUGUACUUUACACAUGUCACAUGUCAUGGUCAGACCGUGAAUACAUAUGUUUUAAAUUCACUUGUGAACUUCAGCAUCAUAAACACAUUCUGGACUUUAGUCUGUUGCCAGUUGGAGAUUUUUAAGAAUAAAUUAUAUUUUACA